GGAACUAGCUGCCUCUUGUAUUUAUCUUGGAAUUCAACUGUGGGACUUCACGACGCCUCUACGCUCAAACAUUGGUCCUUCGAGCCGGAUACUCCCCGUCGCCUUCCCUAUAAGGAAUCCAGCCUUCGAGCAUUGGCGCUUCGACAUUACCACCACAGGAUCCCAAGCAAUUGUGGAAGCACGAGUACGAUUAGUAUUUAAAAUGCUGGAACCACCGACAAUAGCGGAUCUCAGUCAAUUCGAUUUGUUUCGAAUACUCGACUUUGUGAAGAAUAAUUGUGAUCCGACGGACAAAGAAGCACCUUUCAACCACGUCAACUACGCUGACCUCUACAAUUUUGCGGCCACUUGCAAGAGGCAUCGCCGCAUCCUAUGGGACUGGUCUCGGGAUAUGUAUAAGUCGCUUGAAAUCGAGCUGCUCCAAGUUCGUACUUUCAAGAAGCUGACCAUCAAGUUUAAUGAAAUCCACAACGCUUUGGAAGGUGCCUCAAAGGCUAAGAAGGAUUGGUACCUGGAUGUCUUUAUCAGGGCCAUGCUGGGAAAUGAGCAUCUCGAGUGCAUUGAACUAAGCUACGCACCAAGAAAGUACCUCAAUAGUCACGAUGAAAUCUUUAAAAAAAUAUUAAGAGUGAUACAAGGCACUUCUGAUCAAGAGGAGUCACUGAAUCCCUAUCCAAAGAGCAGUGCCAAAGUAAAAGAGAUAAUUGUAAAUAUCGCAGAGUGUGACUUCUUCGGUCUGGGAGAGUUUCGCAAUAUUUCAAAGCUUCGUCUCACUGCCAGAUUUGCCAUGUUCGAUCUGGUUGAGUUCUGUAAGAAUAACCAGUCAUUGUUUAGCUUGGAGGUUAACUCUUAUCUGCACUCAGACCAUGGAAAAUUAACGUACAUCGUUAAACACUGCCCGAAUUUAAAGGAAUUAAAAUUCGUGAUGAACGAUAAUGGGUGGAUAAGAGAUGAGGAAUAUGUGAGGUUGGCAUAUCUGGACAAGCUGCAGCAAUUGGAAAUCAAGAAACCCGACAACAUAGCAUUGGAGACAGAUGUGGAAAUGGAAGAGGACUACCCGUGUAAAAGACCCAGAAUGGAUGCUGAAUACGAGGCUCUGAUCAUAUCAGAGAAACCAAAGGAGGCAAACGUUCCCGCUAGGAGCCUUCUCACAGCCAUCGCUGCCAAGAAAAGGCAAAUACUGGCGCGGUUGAUAUUGAAGUUCGAAAUAGAUGAUGAUUUGGCGGAAACUAUCGCAAAAAUCAAGAGCCUAAGAUUCCUGGAAUGUGGUAUCUACGAUGCAGGAAGUAUUCGACAUUUGGCAAAGCUCGACAAACUCACCAAAUUGAGUCUGCUGAGCAGGGGUCACCUGAUUUCAGCAGAGGUCAUGGAGCUACUAGCCAGACAUAUACCUGUCUCGAGUUUCGAUACCAAAAUUUCGUUCAGCCCUAAGGGAACUCUUUUCAUAGAUUCAAAUGAUCCCAACCUGUUCCGGGAAAAUAAUUUUGAAUUUUUUCUUAAAAUGGAAAACUUUAAGCUUUUGUGGGUUUGCUCCAACAUGCUCACAGCAAUGAACCAUCUUGCCAUCCUGCCAUCUUUCUUGGAAAAUGGCAUAAAGAUAAAAGGCAACGAAUUUUCUGUAUCCUUUGAUCUUGAGUCAAAACAUCUUUAUAUUUAUUGUAUGAAUCAAGUAUUUAUGCAUGAAAAGUUCACACUUCCAGUAGUUAAGAAUCUGCAAUCAUUUUACAUGGAAUCCAGGGCAAUGUCGAUGACAAACAUUCUGAAGUCCCUGAAAACACACUACUCGACAACACUGCGGGAAGUUGACAUUAAUAUGUCGGAAGGCUAUUAUAGUAAUCCCCAUUUCCUCAGUGAAGAAGAUGUCGCUGUCCUUGCUCAGAUAGCCGGCCUCCAAAAGGUUGGCUGUGUAUUACAAAAGCUGAAAUUCAUUCAGCCACUGGCACAGCUGACAGAGCUGGAGAGCUUAAAAGUUUAUUCAGAGCAUAACCCAAGGAAAGUCGAAUUCGCAAGGUGGCUGUUACCCAUUCUGGAAAGGUGCCCGGAACUGGACUAUUUUCAAAUCGCUCUAAAGGAUCUACCCCGGCACCCUAAGAAGCUACCAAAGAAGUUACCAAAGAAGUUCUUUAUUCACCUCGAUAGUGCACUAAAUAGAAGCAGGGUCGGUAGCCCGCAUGAGUUAGAAUUCUGCAUGGUUUCAAGCGCCGACUUCAAAUUAACGGAAAAACAGCGGAAAUUCGUCUUUCAGAUGAGACAGACUAAAAAUAUGAAAUACGCGACUGUGGAGCUCACAUAUCAAGAUGAAGAUGAAUAUAGAGUCUGGAAUUUUUAAAAUUAAUAACAACAAAGUAUAUUUCGUAUGACCGGGACUUAGGUUUAAGCUUUCUUGACUGUUUCCUUUUCCUCAAAACCGUCGUACAACUAUUUAAUAUAAAGCAAAACAGAGCUGAUGUUCAUACAUUGGAAACAAUAGCAUAAUAGAAUAGUCUGAGAAAUGGAAAGUUUCAGUCAUUUCAAGCCUGACUCUGUCAUUAAGGCAAUUAAUUGAAUUCAAUUAUCAGGAUUGAUGCGGAUGCAAAUGCACCAAAGUAUAUGUUAUUCGUAUAUGAUUAAAAAAGGAGAUUCUUGCAUUUUAAUGACAUUAAACACGACCUGCAGAACUCCACCCACAUCGAAAUUACAGCUGUGCUUCAUCUUAAGUAAUAAUUAAAUAAAUUUAAUACGUGUUACACCAAAGGUUUCACAGGAAGCUUUGUACUGUGGAAAUCUGAAAAUAUGAUCGACUAGCUUUCUCUUUAGUUCUCUCGUUUAGUACAAUUGUAGCUUAAGCUACUCUCGCAUUACCUGGAGCUGCCUGUUGGGAAAGGUUUGUAAUUCCAAUAGCAGUUUUUAAGCUAGUCUCAAAUUGAAAUUGACGUUGAAUAGACAACAGCUGGCACUUGGCAUUAGAUUGUCCUGUGUGCGGUGUUGAAAGUGCCUCGGGGCACUGGGCUCGGCUGGAAUGCAAAUUGCGUAUACGCAGCGGGUGCCGGAUGUGAUGUGAGUGCAAUGUGCAAACUAAGCAACGAGCAGUAUCUGUUUUAUUUACGCACUGAAAACUCGUUGAAAACAAUCAAACAUAGAUAGAGAGAGAGAGAGAGAGAGAAAGAGAGAAGGAGAGGGAGAGGCAAUGAAUGCUAAAUUAUUUAGGCUGAGUGCAUUAGUGCCCAGCAGAGAGACUGAGAGACGCACAGACAGACCACAGUGGCAUAAUUUGUCAGCUGUCGGACAAUUUUGUGAGACUGCUGCUAAUUAAAUAUGCCAGAAUAUGCAAUGCCAGCUGAUUCGCAAAGUAGUUGAGUGCCGUGCAAACAGCAGGCGCAGACACAACUAAAUAAAAUAAAAGCCGAGCGUGAUCUGAGCUAGAGUCCAAGCCAAGGCAAAGAAUGCCACAAUCAAGCAAUACAAUACACUCCCCAUCUAAUCAGACAAUGUCAAUGGGUGCACUCAGCUGUGUCUGCCACAGUUUCUUGAUGUUUCAUACUUGUAUUGGUUUUGUGGCUUCCACAUUUGUCAUUAAUUUACGAGUUGGCCUGGAGCUGCAGCUGGCACACAGGACUGAGGCUUUUACUGAAGUGCCACGGAAUAAAAUAUGUGAAUACUUAUUUUCACCUCAAUGGGAUGAUAGGCUCUGACCGCAAUGCUCUCAUUAGGUCAUUGGCAGGCAAAUUUCAACUUAAUCUCAUCUUUAAUCCUUGAUAACGAUAUGCGAAUUUAAUCUCUCUGCUAAGUAUCCGUAUCCAUAUCACGGCAUUUAUUUGCAUCUUAAUUUACUUUAACACUAACUGAGAUACCGGAAUUCCAAAAAUUAUAGAUGGGAGAGGAUUCCCCACACAUAUGUAUAUUUCCUGCGAAAUUCAGGCCAACUUUAAUUCAAAUUCGCAGCCGAGACCCGGAUAUAUGUACAUAUGUGCAUCAUCUCCGGGCUGGGAUAAUCUUUAUUGUUUCACAGUUCAGUGACACAAAUUUGCAGUUGCGAUUGAAUAAAUUCUCACAUUAUUCGGAUUCCAGAGAUUCCACAAAUAUAUCUAUAUUGGCCCAAAAAAAGGCAGACGAUGUGUACAUUUCGUGGCAUGGCCAUACGUGGCAUACACACGUAUUUAUCUUCCGGGUAUCUCUCUAAGGGUCGUUGUAAAUUGGUUUGAAUAGGUCUCUGCAUUAUGUGAAAUUUAUUUACGAGAAAAC